GUUUUCUCUGAAAGUGAAAGCCAAACAUUCUUACCUCCCAUCUUAAGCAACACAGACAAAAUACUUAUAUUUAUUUAAUUGCCAAAAGUUACAAUUAAUUUGGAACAACUAAACUUUUAGUUAUGUUCAAUCCUAGGGACAUCUCAUUACUUUAUUGGCAAGGAACAUUUAAAAACCACAUCUUAUAUUAAUUAGUUUAGUAACUUGGAUAAAGAUUCUUUUUAGUACUAAAUAAAUAUUUUACUUAAAGGGGGAAGUUUAAUUAAACUGAUACUGAUGCUUCUUCUUCUUCACAUCAUUGAACACUCUUUAUUUAUGCCUUCUAAUAAAGCAACGGUUUUCAUGAAUCGUUAGCUUUCAAUACAAUCCAUGACCCCACACUAGUCACUGAAACUCUCACACUCACACACAAUCUCUCUCCCUCUUCCCUCUCAAGCUGACUCAUUCUGCUUCAAAACCAGUCUCCAUUAUCACUCUCACCCACAUCUCCAAUCCCUUCAAAGGUACUCUUUUUCCUCAUUUUAAAUCAUGGGUUGUUCUUGUUUCUCUGUUUCAUUCAACUAUCAUGCUUAAAAUUUGAUCUUGUUCUUUUUUUAUUAUUAAGUUUCUGAAUCUUGUUGGAGAUAUCCAUCUCAUAGAAAAAAUGGUGGAAACUCCCGUUAAUGGAAGAAUAAGGCAAGCUUUUACGAUUGUAAAUGGCGGCCACGAUGUUGGCCUAACUAGUGCUCCUCCUAGCAAUGCUGGAUCGGAUUAUGGUAUAAUAGAGUUCACAAGAGAGGAUGUAGAAGCAUUGCUGAAUGAAAAGGCCAAAAGGAAAGAAAGGUUUAAUUAUAAGGAAAGAUGUGAAAACAUGGUGGAUUAUAUAAAAAGGCUUAAGGUUUGUAUCAGAUGGUUCCAAGACAUUGAGAUGAGCUACUCUAUAGAGCAGGAAAAGUUAAAGAAUUCACUGGAAAUGACCCAACAAAAAAGUAUAGAAAUUGAGUUACUUCUUAAGAUCAAGGAAGAGGAACUGAAUUUAAUUAUUACAGAAAUGAGAAAGAAUUGCACUUCUUUACAAGAGAAAUUGAUAAAGGAAGAAGCAGAGAAGUCGGCUGCAGUGGAAUCUCUUGUUAAAGAGCGAGAGGCAAGGCUUGAUAUUGAAAGGUCGCAUACCACUCUUUCCGAGGACCUCGGAAGAACUGAACGAGAGAUUCAAAGUGCAAAUCAGAAGAUAUCAUCACUGAAUGAAAUGUAUAAGCGGUUACAAGAAUACAUAACAAGUUUACAACAGUACAAUGGAAAACUUCAUACAGAGCUUUCAUCAGUUGAAGAUGAACUCAAACGUGUAGAGAAAGAGAAAGCUACUGCAGCGGAGAACAUCGCCGUGUUAAGGGGUCAACUUACUUUAUCUAUUUCUUCUCAAGAAGAGGCCACAAAGCAGAAGGAUGGUCUUGCUAGUGGAGUUUAUUCUAUGAGAGGAGAGUUGAAACAAGUAAGAGAUGAUAGAGACUGUCAAUUAUCUCGCGCGCAAACUUUAAAUGCUGAUUUGAUGAAAUUAAAAGAAUCUAGGGAAAACUCUUCCAUUGAAUUGGACAGCUUGACUUUAAAAGCAAAUGAACUGGAGGAAAAAACUUCUUUGAAAGAGAAUCAAAUAAAGGCAUUGCAAGAAAAGUUAGCAGCUGCAGAGAAGAAAUUGCAGGUGACUGAUAUAUCUGUAUUUGAGACAAGAACAGAAUUUGAAGGGCAAAAAAAAUUUGUUGAUGAGUUGCAAAGACGCUUGGAAGACACAGAAUUUAAACUUAUAGAAGGGGAGAGGCUGCGGAAAAAAUUACACAAUACCAUUUUAGAGUUAAAAGGGAACAUCCGCGUAUUCUGUCGGGUGAGGCCUUUGUUGUCCGAUGAAAGUCGCAGCACAGAAGGCAAGAUAUUCAGUUAUCCAACAUCGAUGGAAGCUUCUGGACGAGGAAUUGAUCUAUCCCAAAAUGGCCAGAAACAUUCUUUUACAUUUGAUAAAGUUUUUAUACAAGAUGUAUCACAAGAAGAAAUUUUUGUCGAAGUUUCACAGCUUGUACAAAGUGCUCUUGAUGGUUAUAAGGUCUGCAUAUUUGCCUAUGGUCAAACAGGAUCAGGGAAAACCUAUACAAUGAUGGGAAAACCUGGACAUCCAGACGAAAAAGGGUUGAUACCUCGUUCGUUAGAACAAAUAUUCCAAACGAAACAGUCUCAGCAACCUCAAGGCUGGAAAUACGAGAUGCAGGUGUCCAUGUUAGAAAUAUACAAUGAAACCAUUCGUGAUCUGCUAUCUACAAACAGAUCAUCAUCGUAUGAUGCAACACGCCUUGAAAAUGGUACUCCUGGAAAGCAAUAUACAAUCAAACAUGAUGCAAAUGGAAAUACACAAGUUUCUGAUCUUACAGUAGUAGAUGUUCACAGUGCGAAAGAAGUCGCGUUUCUUUUAAAUCAAGCUGCAAAUAGCAGAUCUGUGGGAAAAACUCAGAUGAAUGAACAAUCAUCAAGAAGCCAUUUUGUGUUCACUCUUCGAAUAUAUGGUGUGAAUGAGAGCACUGACCAACAAGUACAAGGUGUUCUGAAUCUAAUUGACCUUGCUGGUAGCGAGCGUCUUUCAAAGAGUGGUUCAACCGGUGACCGGUUGAAAGAAACUCAAGCAAUCAACAAAAGCUUGUCAUCAUUGAGUGAUGUCAUAUUUGCCUUGGCCAAGAAGGAAGAUCACGUGCCAUUCAGAAACUCAAAGCUUACAUAUCUACUUCAACCUUGUCUGGGUGGAGACUCGAAGACGUUAAUGUUUGUAAACAUUUCACCUGACCCUUCUUCAGUUGGCGAGUCACUAUGCUCACUCCGGUUUGCUUCGAGAGUAAAUGCUUGUGAGAUUGGAACACCUCGUCGUCAGACCAAUGGCCGUGCUACAGACUCUCGUUUGAGCUAUUGCUGAUCUUCAGAAACAAAGUAUAUAUAUUUUUUAACCAUUUGUGGCAAUCAAGUUCUAGAGUAAGUACCACAAUAAAAAUGUAUGAGUUUGAUUGAUUCUAACAACGGCAUGUAGCUUGUAUAGUGAAGUUACUGAGCAUGCAUAUAGUUGAAACCCCAUUGUAAUAGUUCAAUUUGUUAUUCUGCUUAAUGUAAUGUAUUUAUUUUACUUAUACAAUGGACAAGGGAAUUGUUUCUGAUUAUAGAAAUAUUGAUAUAACUUUAUUAA